AUGAAAGGAGGGUGGCGCUACACUGUGGCUGGUGGAGCCAUCCUUGCAAUUAUCUCGUUGGUUAGCAUGGCCUGGCUCCCAGAAUCACCUCGAUAUGAUAGUCAAAAGGGAAAAAUGGAGCGUGCCGUGCGCACGUUUCGUCGCAUCUACCCACAUGCAAUUGAGACCUACUGUCGAGAACGCGCCGAAAAUCUGGAUAAUACGUUACAGCACUUUGAGGAUAAGCACAGCAAGCUUACGUUUGUCCAGCGUGUACGCUUUUUACUCACUGGGCCCAAUGCCCGUGCUCUGGCACUCGCGUGUGGUCUCCAAGCAUUGCAGCAAUUGUGUGGCUUCAACACACUCAUGUACUACAGUGGAACUAUCUUCGAGGCAAUUGGUUUUGAAAAACCUGUGGCUGUGUCCUUGAUUGUGAGUGCGAGCAAUUUCCUCGCGACACUUGUGGCACUCAAGUAUAUUGAUAUCAUUGGACGCCGGCGUGUCUUACUUUAUUCAGUACCUGUGAUGUCGGCUGCCUUGGUAUUUGCUGCCAUUUGUUUCGCUUUUCUCCCAGUCAGGGACGAUGGCCAAUUAUCCACAGAGAUUCCGUCCAGCCGUAAAUUUUGGACUUACCUGGUGAUUGUGGCAAUCAUUAUCUACGUCCUGUUUUAUGGUUUCGGCAUUGGCAAUGUUCCAUGGCAACAAGGCGAAUUAUUCGCUAUUGAAACCCGUGCGAUGGGCACAAGUAUUGCCACUGCUGUUAACUGGAGCUGUAACUUGAUUAUUGGUGCCACGUACCUGUCUCUCGUGCGUGCUGCAACAUCGUCUGGUGCAUUCGGUUUCUAUGCCGGCCUCUGUGCAUUGGGCUUUGUGUUCUGCGUUUGCUGCUUUCCUGAUACGCGUCAACUAUCGCUUGAAGAGGUUCACAUCAUUUUUCGCGGGUCUUGGGGCAUCCGUGCUGCCGACCAGUUACGACAGGAAAAGGCCCGCGUUGCACAAGAAAUUCGCGCACGCGACCAGGAUGCGGCUACAAAUGUCUCCACGCAUACUGGCAUCGCUACCAUGUCCAAAUAUGGCACUCCGGCUGAAGGAACUAUCACGCCGCGCGCAAAAGUGAAUGGGUCUACGGAUAUGACUCCCAGCUCCAUCGAUUUGGAUCCGCUCGAUGAGUAUGCGAACUCGCUUGAUAAACCGACAGUCGCACAAAAUCUGCCAGCCGACUUAUAUGGGGCUGAGCCUCCUGUGCCACCCACAUUCCGUCGCUCUGUAACAACGCCUUACAUGUCUUCGACUUCCGACCACACAACACAAAUAUUUUGA